CUAUUUUGUUCUUACCAGGACUUCCCUUUCGCGCCACAACCACAGUUAUUGGAUUAAGGUGGGUCAUUGAGCUCAUAUUGAACCUUGUCAGAAUGGGUGAAACCAGUGAGAUGGCCAAGCCUUCCAAACAAAUGGGUAUUGGGGAAGUCAACAUGCCUCCUAAAUGGUUUGUACCAUUGUUUUCAACUCAGGAAACACCAAAGACACCUUCACAACCAGAUGGGCCAACUUUUGUGCAGGCAUAUUAUGGUUCUGGGGCUACCGCACCUCCCUUUGUCAUGUCAAGUUCCGCUGCCUCUUCGUUGUUUAAUCCCUAUAUGUGGGGAAAUCAGGUGGCUUAUCAGCAAUGUAUGUCACAAUAUGGACCUGGACUUCAAUACCAUGCUCCAUAUAACAAGGAGGUCCAUGCAAAUCUUAACACAGUUAAGGGUGUGGGAUUGGCCAUUCCAGAAAAAGAGGAAAGGAUUCUCAAGGGAAAGGACUUGGAUUCAAUGAGCAAACACAAGAGAAGCUCAGAGAAUUUGAUUUUGGUAGGUAAUGGAUCAAGAGAAAGUGAGAAGGCAGCUUCAAGUACCAGAAAUGAUGGCGGUGGUCCUUCACAAAGUGAUGUAAGUGGAAGUGAGGGCUCAUCAGAUGACAGUGAUGUCAAGAAUCAGGAGUUUUCUAAAAGUAAAAGGCAAAGAUUUAACCAGUUGCAGGCAGAUGGAGUGGUUGCACAGAACAAAGCUAGUGUCCAGGAUUGUGGUGCAAAUACAGAUUUGGCAUUGCAUGAUUCAGUAGCAAACGUGGCUGAAACUGAUCUCAAUUUGGGAAUGAGCCUUAGUGCAUCCAGUGCUCAACCUUUUCUUAUGAAGGAAGGGAUUGACCUGAGAAAUGAGAGGAGAAAGCAGUCUAAUAGGGAGUCAGCUAGGAGGUCAAGAAUACGUCGACAGCAGGAAUGCGAAAAACUACAAGCAUUGGCAGAGAUGCUAAAAACCGAGACUUCCAUGCUGAAGGAGGAGCUAGUUAGGCUUUCCGAGGAAUGUGGGGAAGUUGAUGAAGAAAACAAUUCCUUAAUGGAUGAGUUAACCAAGAUGUAUGGACCAGAUGCAAUUUCAGACCUAAUUGCUAGGAACCCUAACUCCGGUUGUAGUGAAAGCAAUGACAAUGAAGAAAGAAUUCCUAGUGGAGAUGACUCACCUCUUCAUACGAUUAGAAUUACAUGAAAUUUUAGUUUGAAACUAGAAUGUGGCUUUGACUGAAAUUAUAAGUUCAUGUCGAUUCUUUAUGAUUUUUUCAUAUUCAUAUUUUAGAAAAAAGAGGUAUUAUUCCAAAACAUUCAUGUGGGUUUCAGAUUUUAUGUACUCAAAUGAUUUCAACAUUUGGUAGAGUGCUAAUUUUAGGCUUUUA